AUGUCGGAGCCGGUUGUGGUGGUGGGCGGGUGGGCGAGCCCGUUCGUGACGCGAGUGUGCAUCGCGCUCAAGCUCAAGGGCGUGGAGUACGAGUUCCUGCAGGAAGCGGUGGGCAGGAAGAGCGAGCUGCUGCUCAGAUCCAACCCCGUGCACAAGAAGAUGCCCGUGCUCCUCCACGGCGGCCGCCCCGUCUGCGAGUCCCUCGUCAUCCUGCAGUACGUCGACGAAGCCUUCCCGGGCUCGUCCAUCCUCCCGGACGACCCCUACCACCGCGCCGUCCACCGGUUCUGGGCAGAGUACGCCGACGCCAAGCUCCACACGGCGCUUCGGACGAUGAGAGGCAUGGUCGGCGGCGAUAAGGCCGAUGCCGCGGAGCAGGUGUCCGCCGCGCUCCGGCAGCUCGAGGACGCCUUGGCGGAGUGCAGCGGCGGGAAGCCUUACUUCGGCGGCGACGAUGUCGGCUUCCUCGACAUCGUCGUUGGCUCCUACAUCGGGUGGUUCGGGGCGGCGGAGAAGAUCGCGGGCCUGCGCGUCGGCGUCCUCGACGAGGCGAGCACGCCGCGACUGGCGGCCUGGGCGGCGCGGUUCUGCGCGCACGAGGCCGUCAGGGACCUGAUGCCCGACGCCGACAGGCUCGUCGAGUUCGGCGAGGUGCUCCGCGCGGCGCUGGCGGCCAACGUUUCCUCCCGGCCAUGA